CUCUAGCAGUGCUAGGCAGUGCUGUGUGUGUGCGUGUAUAGGUGUUCUGUGGUGCUAGUGUGAGGUGGAAGCGGAAUCGCGGUGAACCGAUUCAUUAUUGCCUGAAUAUACAGCAAGCAUCAUGGCGGAAUACAGCCGCAAGGUUCGCUCGAAGAAGGAAAAAUCAGGCGAGACGAUCGCGUACAGCGAAGCUGCCAUGCGGCACAACGGCGCCGUGCUCGAGUACUGCCGCACAUCGCUUGCCGCAUUGUCGGGUUGCACGGCGGGCAUUUUGGGUCUGACGGGCCUUUGGGGUUUCCUUUUCUACUUCGCCACUGCGCUGGCGCUGUGGCUCAUGCUGGUGCUCCGCACAAUGAACACCUGGCACCGUUUCCUGCGCAGCCGUACUACAUUCCUCACGACAGGGCUGUUCGGUGGCCUCUUCACCUACGUUCUCUUCUGGACUUUCUUCUACGGCAUCGUUCACGUCUACUAACGAGUCUGUGCGGCCACCGGGAAUGAAACGUGCUGCGCUUUGCAAAGUCGUGGAUAUCUGUCUCGACAGCAACUGCCUUCCCUUUAGCUUGUCUGGCGUGCCGGACUGGCGGGACACUUUCACCACAUGUUGAAUGCAUGGGUUGACGCUGCAGCGGCAAGCUACACACUACGUGACCCGUGUUAACGACCAAUGCGCUAUAAUGCUAGCUCAUUUGUUGAGCUGGCGUUGCGUGCUGCCCCCACUUUACGAGGUGGAGUGAGAAAGCUACAAACGGUCCUUUGAAGCACCACUUCCCAACAGCUACCAGUUUUAUUGUCAUUUUUCCUCCAACAUAAAGUCUGUUUACAUGUGCUGCACCUUUAUCAACGUGUUAGUGUUGCAGUAUUGCACGUGUGCGCUUUACCGACAUUGUUUGUUCUUGGUGUUGCUUAGCUGGUUUUUGUUUAUACACAUUGCCCGGUGGAUUGCAUUAAAGAUGUUCGGCUUGUA